CACAGACUACAAGGAAGGCCCAGGCGCUCUCACAUGGGGCUGCUCGUCUCAACACUCGGGAUGGGCGCUUUUCUGUUUUUCGGAGCUAUUAUGAGCGAGUGCAUAGCAGGUGGUUGACAGAGAAGGACCAUUAUGGACCAGUCUGGACAACCUAUUAAGACCCCCAUCUCCUGAAGAGAGGAAGCCCUCGUAUUUGUGCUUUUAUUUUCAAGGUCAUCAAGGUUUGGCUUGGUUUUUCACUGCCAGGGUUAGAACCCAGGGUUUCUUGAGCACCGAUGUCCCACUGAGCCCCAAAGACAUUCAGUCUCCCUGCUUUUCACCUUCUGCCUUUGUCCCCACCCAGUGUCCUCAGCCAGCACCUCCCAUUCCUGCCCCUUGAUCUCUGGGCACAGAGCCAGCCUCAGCCCCAACCUACCUGCCUUCCAGUCUACCAGGCAGGAUGUGGGAUUCAACAUCUGAGAGUCAGUUAUGGAGGAGCCGCAGUCAGGGCCCUUCCCCGUGUCUUAUCUGUAGACUUGACCACAUCGUGAUGACGGUAAAGAACAUUGAAGAUACCACCAUGUUCUAUUCCAAGAUCCUGGGCAUGGAGGUCACUACUUUCAAGGGAGACCGCAAAGCAUUGUGUUUCGGAGACCAAAAAUUUAACUUACACGAGGUGGGCAAGGAAUUUGAUCCCAAAGCGGCUCAUCCCGUUCCAGGCUCCCUGGAUAUCUGUUUGAUCACCGAAGCACCCCUGGAGGACGUGAUCAAGCGCCUCAAGGCUUUUGAUGUGCCCAUUGAGGAGGGCCCGGUCUCCAGAACAGGAGCGAAGGGACCUAUUCUGUCCAUCUACUUCCGAGAUCCUGACAGAAAUCUCAUUGAGGUGUCCAACUAUGUCACCUCAUGAUCGACAGUGGCCUUUCUCCAUUGUGACCCACAAAAUGUCACCUUACCCCUAAUUUCCUACACAUCCCAGGGACCUCGAAAAACUAAGAACUUGGGCAAAGGGGUCCUAAGACACGUUUACGUGCAAACAUUUGUGUCUAGAGCACCGCCAUUCAAACUACUCCAAUAAACGUUGAAUG